GAUAAAUUUAACAUAAUGGAAAUAGAAAUUGUUUUACGUUACUGUAUAUUUAAAGAAUCGUGGUUUACGUACAGUUACGUGAAGGAUAUUUCCUUCCAUAAAAUUGAUUUUACGCAAACGCAUCUCUAAGCAAUUAAUGAUAUACACAUUACAUUUGAAUACGUAUAAAAUUAGCGCUCAAAAAUAUUUACUUUUUUAUAAGUAAUAAAACAUUAUUAGAUAUAUUUUAUUUAAUAUUUUACUUUAUUUAUUAAAAAAUGGAGGAACAUAAAAAUAUAUUUUGUAAAUAUAUGAUUACAGAGAUACCUAAUUUAGCUAUAUACAUUCCAAAUUUUAUUACACAAGAGGAAGAAGUUGAAAUAAUAAAGUGUAUAAAUAGUGUUCCUGUACCAAAAUGGACUCAGUUAAGUCAUCGAAGAUUGCAAAAUUGGGGUGGUAUUCCACAUCCAAAAGGUAUGAUAGCAGAAGAUAUACCAAUUUGGCUUCAAAAAUAUAUUGAUAAAGUAUCAUCCUGUAAUAUAUUUGAAAAAAAUAAAUUACCUAAUCAUGUUUUAAUUAAUGAAUAUCUAUCUGGUCAAGGAAUAAUGGCACAUUCAGAUGGUCCAUUGUUUCAUCCUAUUGUAACAACUAUUAGUUGUGGCUCUCACACACUUUUAGAUUUUUAUAAACGAAUUAACAAUAUAGAGCAACAUCAACUUAAUUUUGAGUUUAGUCUUUUAUUGGAGCGUCGAAGUUUAUUUAUUCUUCAAGAAGAAUUAUACCAUAAUUAUUUGCAUUCAAUUGCAGAAAGAGACACAGAUAUUAUUUCAAAAUCUGUGAUAAAAAAUUUGGAUAUAUGUGGGGAAAAAUUUCUUGAUGGAGAAACAUUAAAACGUGGAAUUAGAUUAUCUUUAACCAUUAGACAUGUUCCAAAAACCAGUAAAUUAAAAUUAAAAAUUGGAUAACAAGGUGGUAUGUGUAAUUUUUUAUAUUGUUUAACAUUUUGUUAAGUUAAAAAUAUUUUAUUAUUAAAUAUUUUAUUAUUAAAUAUUUCUUAUAUUUAAUAUUUGUAAAAUUAUAUGAUAUAAAUGCAAAGGAAAAAAAAUUUACAUAAAAUAUAAAAAUAGAAGUUUUGGCAUAUUAAAGCAUUUAUAAAGUUUAGAAA